UGGAUCAACUAUCAGUGUGGGACUCCUCUCGGUACCGCGAGCUGUGUGACAAAGUCCGCUCCAAACAAUUUAGAAGUUCCAUUACUGCGGAGACCCUGGGCGUUAAAACGUGGUGCGGUGACGUCACGGUCUGCCGCUGGAAGCAAACGGCCCGUUAAAUCAACGUCGCUGUCGCAGAGGGACUGACGUCAUGAACGUUGCCAUGGGGAUUUCUACUUGUUGCCAUAGGAAACAAUGACCAGAAAAACUCAAGGUAGUUACGCAACGACUAGCUGAAUGAUCUAGAAACCCGCAGUAGGAUGUCUGUGCCUCCUGCAAAGCCUGGCCUGCACCACAGCGUUUCAGAGUGGACCAGUAACAACCAGCAGCUGUCUGCCACUGCACAACAUGAGCAAUUUGUUUCCAUGGUGAUCCGGCAGGAGGGGAGGUCGCUACGCAACGAGACCAACUGUAAGACAACCUGGGAUGAAAGUGACACCUGUCGCAGGCUGAGAGACCGGGUGUGGGAUGUUGCCCGGCGGAAAGAGGAGCUAGAAACCUGUGCACAGAAAGUGGAUAAAGAGAUGGAGGCUCUGACUCUGUCCAAAGAGCAGAGUGAGCAGGCCCUGGCUGCGACUGCCGUCCCCCUGGAGGUUAGCCGUGAAUGCUUAACGCUGAGGGACGGGCGGCGGGGGUUCGAGCUCGCCAUCGACCCCGUGGACCAGCAGCUGAAAAAAGAGGUGGAGCUGAUUGAGAGAAUGCAGAAAGUUCUGCAGCAGCGCAUUGCCGGGGCUUUCGAGCACUUGUGUGUUUUGCAGGAGGCUCGGCACCAGCUGACCGCUGACCUCCAGAACAAGAUGGACGCCCUGGACAUUGACAUGUCGUGCCUGUCGCUUACUGUUCAGUCGCCCCAGAUCUCCCUGAAGACCAACCCAACUCGCAUACCGCCAGGUUCCUCCAACCCCCAAGAGUGGUCCCAGUUCAGCCAGUACAAUGUUGCCCGUGCCCAGGAGGCCAUGCAGGUGUCACAGCAAAUGAGGGAGGACAUGAGUCUGACCAGAGUGCAGCUGCAGAAUGAGUUGGACACUCAGCGGCGUGCCACUGAGUUUUCUCUUCGGAAGCGCAAUCACCACGAAGAGCAGGCACGCGACGAGCUGGAGUGGCAAAUAAGAAACACUGAGGAUGAAAUGGCAGAGAUGGAGAGAGACAUCCACGGGCUGGAUGCAGAUCUACAGGUAAAGACGGCCUCCCUUAAACUGGCUCACACUCGACUGGAGAACAGGACCAACCGACCUGGCAUGGAUUUGUGCAGAGACGAGGUGCAGCUCGGCCUCGUUGAGGAAGUCCAUCAACUGGAGGCCACAAUUCUGGCGGUGAAACAGAAGCUGUCUGAAGCUCAACGCUCCAUGCAGAAGAUGGAGCUCCAUCAUUCCCGCAUGUCGCAGGAUCUUUCCAGAAAACAGGAAGCCUUGUCCCUGGAACAACGAAGCAUGAACACGCGCUCCCGCCUCGCAACAGCCUCCAGCUCGGAGAAGACGCCGCUGCUGCUGGUUCCACUCACAAACUCCAGCGGCAGGAGCAACCUGCAGCUGGCUCAGUAACAUGAGGUGCUGUCCAGUGUGUGUCUGUGUGUGUGUGUGUGUGUGUGUGUGUGUGUGUGUGUGUGUGUGUGUGUGUGUGUGUGUGUGUGUGUGUGUGUGGGGGGGGGGGGGUUAGCUUUAGUUUUUCUGUCCACACUUGAGAUACAGUUAAGUCUCUUAAAGUCUUAAUUAUUAAUUAUUCAUCCACAUUACUGCUGGAGGACAUAACAAUUUUCUAUAUUUAUUUAAAAUACAAAAGAAGCAUUCUCCAGACCUUAGUGUGGUUAAUUUGCUCUGUGUUGUGUUAAUUAUGUACUUAAUCUGUCUAUAUAUAUAUUCCACAAAAGAGCUAUAAUGUGGAUUAUGUUUGUUUUCAACAACAAUUAAACAUUUAGUCACAAAGAUAUUCUGCCGUCUAAAUAUAUGUUCACAGAAAUGUUGUCUGCAUAACUUUGCAGAUGCUUUUAAAACAUAUUAUUUUCUAUUUUAAUGAUUCAAUUGGACAUAAAGUCUGAUUGUUAUUUCUGGGUUUGUAGGCAGAUGUUGGAUCCAAAUCAGAUAAAAUUGAAAUUUAAUGUGUCUUAAAGACACAACAGAAAACCUCCGUGGCUGUUGUAUAGUGAGUCAUCGAGAGUGUAACCAUGGUAGAGCUGUUUAGGAGCAACGGAAGUCAGAUGGCAGAUGGCUAUUCUCUUGUUUUUCACCAUGCGGCUCAUGUUAUCACAGUUUUACAAGUGUGUCAGAGAGCACUACGAUGGCCUUCAGGUAACGUAAAUACGUCGAGGGCUGUGUCCUCUGCUCCCUUUGGAGAUACCAGGGGAGCAGUGUAAGCUGAUUAAAACACAACACAACACAAGGGAAAACAAUCCUUGUUCAUUUUUAUAUUUAUAUUUCAUGUAAUCUUCUGCAAC